UUUUGACGGUAGGUAGCCUACCAGUGUUAAGUUUGAAAGACGUCACGACUACUGUUACCUGGAUCUCUGAUUGGUUCAGAGACUCUAUCCGGGUACUGAGCUGGAACGAGCUAAAGGUACCAAUAUGGCGGAGGCUUCCUUCGGGAGUUCGAGCCCAGUUGGCUCUUUGUCGUCGGAAGAUCAUGACUUCGAUCCGUCAGCCGAGAUGCUAGUUCAUGAAUAUGACGAUGAGAGGACUUUGGAGGAGGAAGAGUCAUUUGAGGGCGAGAAAAACUUCAACUCAGAGAUAGCCGAUCUAGAGAAGGAGGGGAACAUGCCCUUGGAGGAACUGCUGGCCAUCUACCGCUACGAGGCGUCUGUCAGUACGGCUGCAGGAUCCAGCAUGGACAGCUCUUCUGGGGAGCUGACGGAUGAACUGCCAGACAUGACUUUGGACAAGGAGGAGAUUGCUAAAGACCUGCUGUCAGGAGACUAUGAGGAGGAGACCCAGUCCUCCGCUGAUGACCUUACUCCUUCAGUCACUUCCCACGAGGCCACUGACUUCUUCCCCAGAACACUCAGAUCUAACACUAUCUACGACGGUGAUAAGGAGUCGGAGUGUGAGGAGGAUGGGCCAAGCCCUGAGGACUCCAGAAAGGAAAUAAUGGUGGGAUCGCAGCACCAAGCAGAGGUCCCCACUCACCUCUGUCACUAUGGUGUUGAUGAGAAGGUAUACGAAGAUGACGACCAGUUGCUAUGGACCCCGGACGUGUUGUCAGAGAGUAAGGUCAGGGACUUCCUGUGUGAGGAGUUGUCAUGGGCAACUGACGAGAGGACAAGAAGUGACACGGCAGGAGCUCAUGUGAAAGACAAUGAGCAGGCUCUGUAUGAGCUUGUGAAAUGCAACUACAAUACCCACAAAGCAUUGGAGCGGUAUUGCAGUAAUGUGAAAUCCUCAAAGGAGGAAUCCCCACCGUGGUCUGAAGAUGAAUGCAGAAACUUUGAACAUGCACUACAGAUAUACGAUAAGAAUUUUCACCUCAUACAGAAACACAAGGUGAAGACACGGACGGUAGCUGAAUGUGUGGCCUUUUACUACAUGUGGAAGAAGUCGGAGCGCUUUGAUUUCUUCGUCCAGCAGAACCGCUUUGGCAAAAAGAAGUAUAGCAGCUAUCCUGGCGUAACGGACCUGAUGGAUCGGCUGGUGGACGAGGCGGAGGGCCUUGCAGUAGACAGCUCCUCCUCUGUUUGCUCAGGUGGAGGAGGAGGAGGGGUGAGGAUGGAGCCCACCACAGAGCAGCAGCUCAGCCUGCUCAACUCCAUCACUGCCAGCGACCUCACAGCCCUGAGUAACAGCGUGGCCACAGUGUGCAGCCCAGCGGAGGUGAGCUGCCUGGACUCGUACAGUUUCCCCCCUCUGGAGAGCCUCCACCGGGGGUCCCUGGCCCACGAUGAGACCCUGGGCUUUCCAUCCAACGGAGGGGACCCCAACUGUCUCAACAUGCUGGAUGCUGGCUUCUACCACUCGGACCUGGGCCAGCUGGGUGGGGUGUGCGGGGCCAAGGAAUGUGAGCGGCCCUCUAAGAGGCUCAAGUUGGCACUGCCCGACUCCUUCAUCAACGAUGCUUCUGUGGGAAACCUCGGAGUGGACUUUGAGGGGCGGCGGAAAAUGACACACCACCGUAUCACUGGCACCAAGAUGGCAGUGUCCGUCACAGACUUUGGGAGUUUGGCGGGGAGCCCAACAGACUUAUGGGAGCAAACACACGGCAUCACGCACAGCACAGCACGGCGCUCCAGUCAGUGUGACCUCCCGCCGCCCCGCCCCCAGAGUUCCACCUUUAAAACCACCCUCCCAUGUGUACAUAAGACUCACUCACUGGAGAAUUAGAUUUGUAUUUAAUAAUUAUAUAUAUGAAUAUACAUUUAUUUCAUUUGUGAAAUAUGACAUCAGUGAUGUCUUUAUCGUAUAGAACUAAAAAUCUUGAUUUCUCAAGAGUUUAUAUAGCCAUUUAUUUUCUCUGGUCCUGAGAUGUUUAAUGUCCGUGUUUGUGUACAGUGGGGUCCGGCCCAAGGCUGCGGAUAGACAGUUGUUUGUCCCCCCAAGUUAUCCUGUCACUCAUAUUCAGCUGCCAAAACAUCUUUGUUCUGGUUUCAUAUGUAGUUUGUUCAUUGUUAAAGUGGUACUUUUGAUUGGAUAUCAGUGUUUACAGGUAAUUAUAGUAUCCAGGCUUGGGCAAAUGUUAUUUAGUCUGAGAUGAGCCUGGGGUUUGUAUUUAAUGCAACAACACUCAUUGUUGUCGAGGCGUUGUAGGUUAUAACUCGUCAUAACCUCCCUCUCUGCCUUAUUUUUUUUUCUCCUGUGGAAGCUUAUUUUGUACUCAACCUGCUUUUUUCAGACCUUAACAGUCCAAAGUGGCCAAACCGGAGGAGAAUGUUCUAGAAAUGUAACAGUAUAUUAUAUGAUAAUUUAUCAUUGUUCAAUCUCGUGAGUCGUGACAGGUCGAGACAGAUUCAGCCUUAUAGUCUCUAAAUUUAAAACUAACACCCCAAUAAGCAGAGCAGCUCCAUCAGAUUGUCUGAAACGUUUCCUUAAAAACGUAUUGCCCCAGAAAUUAGUCUAUCAUGAAAAUAUUUUACUUUAUGAAGGAAAAUGUUUUUUGGAUUGGUACAGGUGUUGCUUUAAGAUGUCAUGUGUUCAGUUACAGUAAUGUAUAUAGUUUCUACCCUAUACUCUUGGCACAAUACAAAUCUAUUUGGUCCAGGCAAGUUGUGCUGUUUGCAUGUUUAUCAUGGAGUUCGUUGAGCUUGACCACUCGGUAAAAAAAAAGAAAAGAGCAAAACAAAUGAUUUGAAAUUGUAUUGCAACUAAAACAGCUGCGUAAGAUUGUUAGAAGUAUUAUUUCCUUAUUUAAAGCCACUUUCAUGUAACUUCCACAGUACGGACGGGAGGAUGCCUUUUAUUAUCCGGUCUAUAAAUUAAUGUCCAGUUGCAGUCUAACAGCCUACUUCUUUUUCUCUUGACUGAACUAAUUGUGAAUUGUUGAUUGUCGUGGAGUCAUCACUGUGUUAAUGAGUGCAGUAAUAGUGUUUACUUAAUUUAACUAUGCAUUGUGAGUUGGAUAAUUAGUUCGUUUUGGGGGUAUUUAAUUCUGAAUGUCAGACACAAGUCCAUAGAUUUUUACAUAAAGAUGUACCAUCCAAUAAUUCACUAUCCUGAGUGUGUCCUGAGUUAUCUAGUCGCUAUUUCUAUGGCAAACAUUGGAGUUGGCUGUUUGUUCACCUUGCAUUGUUUCCCCAAAUGUGGACAGUUUCAUGUAAAUAAUUAGCUAAUAGCCUUGAAAAUGUCUUCAUUGACAAACUUGUGAAUCUGGGUUGAUACAAAGACUUUAAAUUGUAUUCCUUGUAAAAGGGCAAUGUGUAGAUAUGUACAGACAUUACAUGUUCUUACAUUUUACUGAUGGACUUUGUUUGGAUACUUUGGGGGGACAAUGCAUGCUAGCUGUGUGACAGUUCUUGAAAAUGUACCACAAAACGGCUUUACCUAAGACUUAUUAAUAUAUUAUUCAAUGUCGCAUUUUGUGUUCUGAAGUCUGCAAUCAUACGUACAAAUCCCAUUUUGUUUCUGUUUUAUCAUUUUAUUUCCACAUUGCUGUCUUUGUCUUGGUGAUAAAGGGAUUGCUUCUGUAGUCCCUAUCUUGAGAGAUGGGUCUAGUCCAGAAUCAAGCCCUUGUCCCUAUCCCUUAGGUACUUGCAUAGAUCUGGUAUGGUUGGAUAAAUAUAACCAAAAAUGGUAUACCAUAUUGCUUAUACCCAUCAAAUACUUACAGAUGCAUCAAGUGCCUAGGGAGAUGUACCAAAUGAUUGUUGCUCACCAUCAUACAAAGUGCAGAUGCAGUGGGUGUGUCCAGGUGCUCUCUAACUUUAGAAGUGCAGGGAUAUAUUUUUCACCCAAUGGUUUGUACAAAGACUUGGAAAUACUGUCUGAAUGUAAAGGCCAUUGACUAGUAGAUUAAUAUUUAGAUUUUACAACCCUGUGCUGAAAUCUCGUGAUUUCAUUGAGACUUGUGUGUAAGAAAGCACUAAACUAAUUCCUUUUAUAUUUUGUAUUGUGUUUUGAAGAUAAGGGGGGGGGGUGACUAUAGCAGAUAUAUAUAUAUAUAAAAUCUAGUUCUGUGAAUAAAACCUGCAAAACGUAUAUCCAGAAAUAGACAAUCAACACAUUUACAAUCAAAUGUUAAGAAAAUCUUUAUUGUUUAUAAGAAUUGUACAUAGACACUGAAUUGUUUUUUUUCUUUUGGUUUUAAGCAUUUUGUAUUUUCUGUUCUUUAAUACAUGGUGUAUGGAUCCAGAAAAA